AAAGAAACGGAGACCCUGAAAAGUUUAAUGAAAAAGCUGGGAGCCAAACCCAGUCUAGCAUUCAUGAUACUGUACUUCUGACCUUCAACUGACCUUCACAGAACACACACCCUUACAGGCAGGAGCUGUUCCAACCAAUGCAAUCAAACGGAGAUGUAUUUCAUAUGAAGCCUACGAGUUGGGUAUCACUUCCACUUCAGACAAAAGGAAAUGAAGACCCAGGAAGGACCAGCUGUCCAGGAGCAUCCCGGACCGGAGCCAGGCACAGUCGGGACUUGGAUCUGAGCGAGGGCGGCAGCAGCCGGGCUGGUGCAGCGAUGUCGGUGGUCGAAGAAAGCCGGCCCUUUGCUCAGCAGCUGUCUAACGUCUACUUCACCAUCCUCUCACUGUUCUGUUUCAAGCUCUUUGUGAAAAUCAGCCUCGCCAUCCUCAGUCACUUCUACAUAGUGAAAGGCAACCGCAAGGAGGCGGCCCGGAUAGCGGCUGAAUUUUACGGAGUAACCCCAGGACAAGGUUCCUGGGCAGAUCGGUCACCACUUCAUGAAGCAGCAAGUCAAGGUCGUCUUCUUGCUCUGAGAACAUUAUUAUCACAGGGCUAUAAUGUCAAUGCAGUAACCAUAGACCACGUCACUCCAUUACACGAGGCCUGCCUUGGAGAUCACGUGGCCUGUGCCAGGACACUUCUGCGUGCCGGAGCUAACGUAAAUGCGAUCACCAUAGACGGUGUGACCCCGUUAUUCAAUGCGUGCUCACAAGGCAGCCCCAGCUGCACAGAACUGCUUCUGGAAUAUGGCGCCAAACCCCAGCUGGAGUCCUGUCUUCCUUCCCCUACACACGAGGCCGCCAGCAAAGGUCACCAUGAAUGUCUGGAAAUCCUCAUAUCCUGGGGCGUAGAUGUAGAUCAAGACAUUCCUCAUCUGGGAACCCCUCUGUAUGUAGCUUCUAUGUCUCAGCAGUUCCACUGCAUCCGGAAGCUUCUUUACGCUGGCGCUGACGUACAAAAAGGCAAAUAUUGGGAUACCCCACUACAUGCUGCUGCUCAACAGUCCUGUAUAGAAAUUGUAAACUUACUGCUAGAAUUUGGAGCGGACAUCAAUGCCAAAAACACAGAGCUUCUGAGACCUGUCGAUGUAGCGACCUCUAGCAGUUUGGUGGAAAGGUUACUGCUUCAGCAUGAAGCUACCCCAAGCUCUCUGUGCCAACUUUGCAGACUCUGUAUCAGAAACUACAUUGGAAGACCAAGAUUACACCUUAUCCCACAGCUCCAGCUGCCAACAUUACUGCAGAAUUUCUUACAGUAUCGAUAAGGCAGUAAAAUAAUUCUAAAUGUUUGAAAAUCAAAAAGUUCUAUUUCAUCUGCAUAGAGUAUAUUUCAUAUUAAAAUAUGCUAAAGAUAAGGUAAAGAGAUAUGAGAACACCCUGGAGAAGACGUGAAAUAGCAAUUUUAGUUAAAGUGUACUAGUACAUACUAUUGUUUUAUGCAUUUUUACUGUUUUU